UUUGACGUCUGUCAAAAUCAGCUGACUGUCACAGUCACAGUUGUCAUGUGUCAAAUAAUAAAAACACUUCUGGAAUGAUUUUAAAAAUAUUUUUAGAAUGUCUCGUGGCAAACUUUGCAUAUUCCCUCUCCCAAAGCCCCAUUUUAAUAGUCGUAUCAUAUGACGCCUUCAGGUAUGACUUUUUCGAUACAAAAUCUGUACCCCACAUGAACAGAUUGAGGAAAUUGGGGACCUAUUCCGACUAUUUGGUUAAUGUUUUCCCGACUAAAACGUUCCCAAAUCAUCAUUCAAUUGCCACGGGGUUGUAUCCUGACAUACAUGGGGUUAUCGGUAACAGUUACUUCAAUAAAACAACCAAUACUGUGGUUCAUAUUAAUUAUGAAAUGUUUCAUUUUAACGACAAUGUUGUCCCGAUUUGGAGGAGAAAUGAGGAUGCGGGUGAAGGAAGACACUCAGGGGUGAUGAUGUGGCCAGGGGGUUGUUACCCCUAUCAAGGAAAAAAAAUAACACAUUGUCAAGACUAUAAGCACGAUUUUGACUGGUUUAAACGCAUUGAUAUGGCAAUUGAAUGGAUCAAAGACCCGAAAAAACCAGCCAAUUUAGUAAUGCUUUAUUUCGACGAACCAGACACUGAUGGUCACAUUUAUGGUAUUAAUUCGGACAUAGUUAAUAAUUUGAUCACUAAAUUGGACAAUAUCACACUUUAUUUGCAUCAACAAAUUGAAAAAAAUAAUUUAGGCGGGAAAGUAACAAUUGUACAUCUCAGCGACCAUGGAAUGUUGGAUGUGAAGCCCCCGAAUUUUAUCAACGUAACGCAAUAUUUGACCCCUGACACGUACAUCUACGCGGGGUCAACCCCCAUUUUACAGUUCCAUCCCAAAAAAGGAUUCGAGUCUGAAAUUUAUGAAAAACUGAAAAAUGCGUCGUUACUGAACCAUUUCAGUGUGUUUAAAAAAGAAGAGUUUUUGCCUAGAUGGCACUAUGAUAAUCCUAGGAGUCCCCCAAUUCUAGUUUUAGCUGAUGUUGGGUAUGGACUCGAUGAUUUGAUCAUUUCUACAAAAGAAAAAGCAGAAAACUUAACAAAUAACUCGACGUUUGGGGUUCACGGUUACGAUUAUACCGUCAGGGAAAUGCGUCCGUUUUUCAUGGCGCGGGGCCCCAAAAUUAAAGUCAAUCACAAGGUGCCCCCUUUUAACACCGUGGAUUUGUUUAAUUUCUUUUGUGAAGUACUGGAAAUCGCCCCAACUAAAAAUAACGGGUCAAAUAUUGGAGAUAUUUUUAUUGGAACUGGAAAGUAUUCACUCACGACUAUUCUCACCAUUACUGCGGGGGGUAUUGUCAUUUCGUUGAUAUUAAUUUCUUGUGCUGCUGUUUUGACGUUAAUGAUGAUCAAAAGACAGCAGAGUAUUACGACAACUGCUGCGUUAAAUAAAAGAUUUCCGCAGACUUUUCAAAGUAGUAUUGAAGCACAACACUUGUUAGAACCAGAAGACGCGUAAAUUAUUGAUUUUAAGGUGUCUCCUAUCUAAUUUUUAUAAUUAGAGUGAUUUUAUUGUGAUGUGUCGAGGCGGGACCUUGACUGUUUUUCUGCUUACCAAUUGUAGAUAUAUUGAUAUUAUAAAAAUAAGAUAGGAUUUUACUUGUUUAUGCUCAAUAGUUAUUAAGUUUAUUCUCGUGUUAAACCGCCCAUUGAUUAAAAAAAAUCAAAAUUUGAUUAUUGUGUGAUGAAUGUAAAAUUAGUAGUCAUUACCACGAGGUUGAUUUUCAGGAGAAUUAUUAAAUAAUAAUAAGUACUAUAUAUUUUGUUGGUCCAAUAGGGGGUUUUUAUAGUCAUUUAAUUUCUAGUUUAGAAUUUUUAUUUGUUAUUAGGAAAAUUUUAUGAGAAAAAUUUUCUGAUUUUUGUUUCUAGUCAUUUCCAUAAAAUAAUAUGAGGAAACGUUUAUUGAAUACGUAGUUGUGUAGAUAUAAAACGUUUUUACAAUUUUAAACAAAAGACAAUACACAGAAUUGACGAAAAACCCUUGACACUUAACCCAAAAAUUUUCAAAAACCAUGAAGUCCCUUUUAUUUCAAAAAUUGUAUAUUUAUGAUAAUAUGUUUUAACAAUUCACAAACAUUAAAACCUUAAAGGCGCAUUUUGGAAAUCAAAAUCUUUUUUGUUCAGCAGUUUUUUUCCUGAAAACAAAAUGAAAACUUAAAAAAAAACACAAUUUAUAUUUUUAACGUAUAAAAAAUAUUUUUGUUGUAUUUUUUAAAUUUCUUAUAGUCUGGAUUAAAAUGAUUGAACAAAUUUCAAGAUUACUCACUUAAAUUGUGUAUUUAUUUGUUGUAUUUUUUGUCGAAAUUGCGAAUUUUAUUCAAAAAUUGUAUACUCGUUUUCAUAUUAAUGUGCAUUGAAGUAGUCGUUGAAAGAGAUCACUUUAAGUGUUGCCAGGACUGGUGAAAUUUCACCAGAUCUGGUGAUUUUUAUACUAAUUUAAUGAUUUGGUAAAUAUUUUGUAAAAAUUUUAAUUUCUGAUAAUUUUUUAGAAACGUAACUGUAGUUCUAGCAGAAAAUUA